UCUAUCCUCCAAAGGAAAUUAACCUCCGAAAGCCACCGAGUUAACGGACACAAAGCUCUUGACAAGGAACACAUCUUCUGUUUUCAUUAUUUUUGCAUCUUUUUUUAUUUUUAUUAUUAUUAUUAUUUGUAUAAACGACACCUACGCAGAGAACUAUGUUACUGUCGCAUCAACUAUUCCUAUUGAUAUUAAUCUCGACUUCAGAAGUAACAAGCAUUCCAUCUGAGAAUACAGCUUCACCAUUUGCAAACAAUGCCACAACCCCACUGCUGUCAACGCAUGAUGCUAGUAAUGUCCCAUCUCCACCUUCAUCUACUCAAGGCAACGUGACAAGCUUCUCUACAGUUGUACCCGAAAAUGCUACCAGUUCAUCACCGAUUACACCAGGAAAUGCCACGGCUUCACCUGCACCUGUAACAACAGCAGCAGCCAGCACCACAAGUCCACUUGUGCCUACACCAGAGAAUGCUACAAACCAUCCUGUAACUUCACCAGACAAUGCCACAACUGGUUCUUUACCUGAGGCAGGCAACAGCACAACCCCACUCCAAACUACAAUAAGCAAUGACACUACUCCUCCCAUUAGCACACCAAGCAACAGCACAGCUUCACCAAUUACAACACCAAGCAAUGUCACAAAUACAACACAGAAUACACCAGGUAAUGCUACAACAGCAAACCAUGCCACAUCUCCACCCUCAACCACAUAUAUUUCAAAUCAAAAUACACCAGGGAAUAAUGCUACAGUCAAUGCUACCAUACCACCCCUGACUACACCAGUAAAUGCAACUGCACCACCUCCAACUACAACAGGGAACAAUGAAAUAGUAAACACUACCACACCACCCACAACUACACAAGAAAAUAAUGCAACAGUAAACACUAUUACACCACCCAUGACUACACCAGGAAAUAAUGCAACAGUAGACAGUACAACACCACCCAUAACUACACCAAUGAAUGCAACUAGACCACCUCUAACUACACCCAGGAACAAUGCAACAGGAAACGCUACCACACCACCCAUAACUACAGAAGAAAAUAAUGCAACAGUAAACACUACUACACCACCCAUGACUACACCAGGAAAUAAUGCAACAGUAAACAUUACCACACCACCCUUAACUACACCAGUAUAUGCUACUACACCAUCUCGAACUACACCAGGGAACAAUGCAACAGUAAACAAUAGCACAUUGCCCAUAACUACACCAGAGUAUAAUGCAACAGUAAGCAUUACCAUUGCACCAAUAACCACACCUGGGAAUAAUGCAACAGUAAACGUUACCACAUCACCCAUGACUACACCAAUAAAUGCUACUAUACCACCUUUAACUACACCAUGGAAUAAUGCUACAGUAAAUGGUACCACACCACCCAUGACUACACCAAUAAAUGCUACUAUACCACCUUUAACUACACCAGAGAAUAAUACAACAGUAAAUGGUACCACAUCACCCAUGACUACACCAAUAAAUGCUACUAUACCACCUUUAACUUCACCAGGGAAUAAUGCAACAGUAAAUGGUACCACACCACCCAUAACUACACUUGAGAAUAAUGCAACAGUAAACGUUACCACAACACCCAUGACUACUCCAGUAAAUGCUACCAUACAACAUUUUACUACACCAGAGAAUAAUGCAACAGUAAAUGCUACUACACCACCCAUGACUACACCAGGGAAAAAUGCAACAGUAAAUGCUACCACACAACCCAUGACGUCACCAGUAAAUGCAACUGCACCACUUUUAACUACACAAGGGAAUAAUGCAACAGUAAAUGGUACCACACCAUCCAUUACUACACCAGAGAAUAAUGCAACAGUAAGCAAUACCACUCCCCCAAUAACUACACCUGGGAAUAAUGCAACAGUAAAUGUUACCACACCACCCAUGACUACACCAGUAAAUGCUAGUAUACCAUCUUUAACUACACCAGGGAAUUAUGCAACAGUAAAUGCUACCACACCACCCAUAACUACACUCGAGAAUAAUGCAACAGUAAAUGCUACUAUACAACCUUUUACUACACCAGAGAAUAAUGCAACAGUAAACGCUACUACACCACCCAUGACUACACCAGGGAAAAAUGCAACAGUAAAUGCUACCACACAACCCAUGACAUCACCAGUAAAUGCUACUGAACCACCUUUAACUACACAAGGGAAUAAUGCAACAGUAAAUGUUACCACACCACCCAUUACUACACCAAAUAAUGCAACAGUAAAUGCUACUACACCACCCAUAACUACACCAGAGAAUAAUACAACAGUAAAUGCUACUAAACCACCCAUGACUACACCAGAGACCAAUGCAACAGUAAAUGCUACCACACAACCCAUGACCACACCAGUAAAUGCUACAACAUCACCUUUAACUACACCAGGGCACAAUGCAACAGUAAACGCAACCAUACCACCUAUGACUACACCAGGAAACAAUGCAACAGUAAACGCAACCAUUCCACCUAUGACCACACCUGUAAACGUUACUACACCACUUCUAACUACAUCAGUUAAUAGCACAACAGUUAAUGCUACCACACCACCCAUGACUACACCAGGGAAUAAUGUAACAACAACAGUAAAUGCCACUACACCACCCACCACUACUCCAGUAAAUUCUACCUUGCUACCCCUAACUACACCAGGGAACAAUGCAACAGUGAAUGCCACCACACCACCCAUAUCUACAACAGCAAAUGCUAUUACACCACCCAUCACUACUCCAGUAAAUGCUACUACACCACCCCCUACUACACCAGGGAACAAUGCAACUGUAAAUGUUUCCACACCAUCCAUCACUACUCCAGUAAAUGCUACUUCACAACCGCAAACUACACCAGGGAAUAAUGCAACAGUAAAUGCUACCACACCACCCAUAACUACACCAGGAAACACUACAACAGAGAAUGCUACCCGACCACCUCAGUCUACACCAGGAAAUGCUACUACACCGCCCAUAACCAACUCAACAACUGGAACCACUGUCUCUACCACUAACCCAACUAACACUACAACCACACCAGCUACCUGUCCUGCAGUGCCCUGCCCACUACUGAGUGUCUGUGUGAACUCCACCUGUCAGUGCGUGACAGGAUCUAUUCCUUUAAAUAAUGCCUGUGUUGAAACUAAAACCUUUACUAGUUCACUUCGAGUGAACCGCACUUUUGUAGAUGCCAUGAAUGAUCCCAAAUCACCUGAUUUCCAGGAAACUGCUAAAGAGAUAAUUGCUGCGGUAAAUGAAGCUCUACAUAACCAGCAAAACUACAUUAACAGCAUAGUAAUUAAACUAAUGUCUGGCAGUAUAGUGGCCUCAGUAAACAGUUUUUUUGAGCCCAAUUCUCCAGUCACACAGGAAUCGGUUAUAUCUGCCAUGAAUACUGCUAUAAGAGAUUGUAAAGUGACAAACUGUGGCAUUCUUGCUAAUGCUGAAUACACUGCUACCAGCCUGUGUGCGCAAGUUCCUCCUCCUUGUGAUACUAACACUACAACGUGUGAGGCCAAAGAUGGGACCCCUGUUUGUUCCUGUAAACCUGGCCAUGUAUCUAGCCAAUACCAGACCAGAAGCUGUAGAGUUUGUCCUAGUGGCUACAAAGCGCAAGAGAACGAGUGUGUUAGAUGUCCAUUUGGCUAUUCUGGAUUCAACUGUGAUGACUCCUCUUUGUUGGCUCUAGUGGUGGUGGCGUGUGUGUUAGGAGGAAUUCUACUCAUUGUGAUUUUGGCAGUUCUCAUCUACAUCUGUGUGACUCAUGGCAAGAAGUCGUCAAACAGCAAUUAUUGCAGCAGCCCGUACCCUGCCGAGGAGUUCCAGGCCACGUGGCCCUCUCAGAACAUCACCCAUAUUCCUCGUGUCACUCUGACAUCCAGUUCCAGCACUGAUGCCACUGGCAACAGUCUAGAGAUGGCUGAAGGGCCAAGCAGGAAAGGCCACAGUAAUGGAUUGAAGAUUGGAGGAAAGUCGGGCUCGUAUGACCUCAGAACAGAUGGCAUGAGGACCUUUAAGGACAUAAACCCCACACGGUACUCUUAUCUGAUGGGUCAAGAAAACCCCUACUUCAUACAAGGAGACGAGAAGAGAUGAGGAAAACAACAGAGAAAGCCAGUGAGAAGUAAGAGGACAAGAAAAGAGUGCAAUAAAGACAUGAUUUUAAAAAGGCCUUGGAUCAAAAUGUUUCAGGAACGUUAACAAUGUCAAAACCAAACUGCUGAUCACAGACUCAAAGUAUAUACACAAACAGCAGAGAUACUGUUUUUCUGCACAUUUCAUAUUCAGUGUUUUGUUAUAUGACAGAGAUCAUGCAUAUGCUACUGUUGUUUUCAACUCAAAAUACAUAUUACAUUAUUAUAAUGUACAUAUUAUUAAACCAUAUUUUGGCACAUUUUAUAAACAUUUCUUAUCUGUGGAAGCAAUAAGGGCAGACUUUACAGUGUAGUCCAGUAAUUCUGAUGCAUCUAAUCUAUAUUCUGACAGUUACUGCACUUUGUAGGAGAGAGCAUGUCAUGUGAUGUUUGUGUGUUUUAAGUUAUAUCUAUCAGAAAGCUUCUGAUACUUUCAGUUAUUAAGUUUUGGGCGAUCCAUCUUCUCCAAACAAUGUAUUUAUUUUAUGCCAGGACAAUGCAUGCCACCAGAAAUUGAUCUCUGUGCCUGACUGCAAUGUUGUCUUUUGAAUUGGAGAAUUAUGCAAUAAUGAGGAGUUCUCAACCAUGUCUCUGUAGUCGUGCCAAUAAUUAUAUUUAUUUAAAUCAGAACAUGAUGUUGUUUACUUAGCUGUCUGUUUGCUUCAUAUAUAUACUUAUUUAUGUGUAACUGGGAUAUGUAUCAUACAUAAAGCUUUUGUAAAAAAAAAGAAAAAAGCUCAUUGGACAAAGUGAUUCAACCUGUUCUUUAUAUUGAAAGGAAAUAAAUGAAUAAUUAAUAUGUA